UCAACGAGUGUUCGGCUCAGGGGCAUCCCUGAUAAAGCCAACCAACAUCACAUACUCUCCAUCCACCACAGCUCGUACAAGGGCAGGGGCAGAGACAUAGGGACAUAGGACGCCCAUACUUCCUAUAAGCGCCACGCCGAGGUCAGCACACAGUUGAUGUUGUUCUGAUAGAGUAAGUCUCGAGUGGACUGUUUCAGCUGGCGUCUCUGGCGCUUGUCGCACAGCAGCUCCGCGUAAAAAGUGGAAGAGCGUCCACCGUGAUAUGUCGAAUCGGUCCUCAUGGAAGUGCUUGGCCGUGCCCUCGGAAAGCCACUGCUGCGACAGCUGGCUGUGGAUGGUGCCACGAUGGUGCUGCCUCUGUUGGGCUGGAACCCCAAGCUCUGUGCAAGCAUUUUGCAGUGCAUCUCAGUGAUACUUAUCGCUACACCCAUCCAUUGAGUAUUUCUCUACCUGGCCACAUGAUAAGCUCCUUGAUCCGUUGGACCUCAACAUACUCGCCCGCAGCUGUCAGCUUAUCCAUCACUGAAGGAAGCCAAGUCGGAGAAAUAGACACGCAUUUCCGCUAGUCAGAGUGUCAUUGCUUGUACAUGACUGCACCCUGUCCUGUGCGUAUGUUCGUUCCUCCCGAACAGUGAGAGGAACGAGUCGACGGCGGGUGAUAAGCCCUCGUACAUACCUGAAUACACAUCAAAAGAGAGAUGAACAUUGGUGCGUUGAGGUCUGUGCUACAUACUCUUCAUUUGACUGAGCGCGAAGAGAAAAAGGACAAGACAUGACGACAGGGAGGCCGCAGAGAGCAAGGAUGAAAAACUCGCGGAACUAUGCGAAGGUAAAGGAACAGAAUAUCCCUGCCCUCGCUGCGUGUACGAUGCGAUGUCUGUUGUGCUGCUGUCGUGUACUUAACACUCAGCCGCAAUUAACUCAAAGAACAAGAAGGGAUGACCGGCAAUCAAGAAGCGGCACUUAUCGAUAAGCGGACCACAACGAGCGAGGGAGAGAGAGUGCGGCGUGCGAAUGGCUGGCUGACUGACUGGCUGACUGGCUCGUGCCUGCGUGUGUGCUCUAUAGCUUAAGUUGCGUGGGAGUAUGGUUUGUGCGGUCUGUAGCGGCUGGUAUGCAUGACUGACAGGCGAGUGAGCUCAGCGUGCAUGCAUCGCGUGUUUGGCAUUUCAGCUGAUAUUACACAGCUAGAAAGACACAUGUAGAAGAGACAAGAAGUGCAGUCAACUAACUAACAUACACCCACCCAUGCAUCCACCACCCAUUCUCUCCAUCUGUUCCAUCUCAUCUGCCCCCGCCGCUCCUCCUUGCGCAUCGCAUGGUUGCGCGCCUGCAGCUGGUACUCCAAUCAGUGCGUGGUGCUCUAUCGACGUCUCACGAUUGACUAUCUCACACAGACACACACACACAGAAGAAGACACGGACGCACCAUGGUCAUCGGUAUGUCCAGAUACAUCUGAGUUUGAUCACUCACCUGACAGGUCGCAUUCUGUUGAUGACGUAUCAGGCCGUUCGAACGCGCCGUACGCAUAGCUCACGAAGGCCCGGUCAAAAUCUGUUUCCCUGAUAAAAGCCUGAAUGUAACUACCGUAUGAGCACAACGGAUGAGUAGGCGUGCAUGAUUUCGUACCUGUGGGGCAGAGUUUGCAUCGCGUGUGCAGAUGUAACGCCACAGAUCUGCGGAAAGAGCAA